AUGGGUGAAAAGACAGACGUCGAAUCGGCUCCAAUGAAAAGAAACAUAUCGAUUGUUGAUAACAGGGCUGGAGUGUCGAAAAAUCCGAGAACAUUGAUGGAUCUGAAUUAUGAAUAUGAGACGGGGUCUGGGAGGGUUAUAGUGGAUCCUGGAGAAGCAGAAGUCGAACUCGGCGAGAGAUUGGCUUCCCAACUUAAACUUGAUAAAUCCGGGAAGGUUAUCUUAUGGCCCCAACCGAGUGGCGAUCCCAGCGAUCCUCAAAACUGGUCUGACACCCGAAAAUUGAAAAACUUAAUCAUUUGUACGAUGGCGGCUUUUAUACCCGACUUUAACAGUGGGAUAGGAGUGGCUUGUCUCUUCCCCCUAGCUAGAGAAUACAGAACUACACCCGGGGAGAUAAACAACGUUUCUUCCAAUUGGUCAAUCUUCCUGCUUGGACCUGGAGGUUUGAUUGCGGUGAUGUUAGCAAAGCGUUAUGGCCGGCUCCCAAUUCUAUUUUGGUCGCAGUUCUUGGGAUUAGCUUUCUUAAUUGGCUGUACUUUUGCACCAAAUUUGAGCACCUUUGCUGCGAUGCGCUGCUUGAAUGCUUUUUUCUCCACUGCUCCUCAAGUCACGGGGCUUCUUGCUGUGACUGACAUGUACCCGUUUCACCUACAGGCACGAAUGCUAAACUUUUGGAGUGCUGGUUUUCUAGUAUCACCAUACAUGUCUCCAUGGCUGUUCGGAUAUCUCGUGGAAAAGAUUAACUACCGCUGGGCAUACGCGAUUGGCUGCUUUUAUGGAGUAUUUGUUGUGGUUCUAAUUGUAUUAUUUGUCGAUGAAACGAUUUAUGAUCGAUACCUCACAUUGGAAUCCGAUUCUCUGGCGACGACCACUCCCAACUCGAGAUUAAAAACUCUGCUCGGGAUUAGUGGCCAUCAAACCGCUGAUCUCAAGUGCUCUUGGAGGCAAGCAAUCAUGCCCACCUUUCAACUCUUAACGAAACCGCAUUGUCUAGCUCUCCUAAUCUAUAUGGGCGUUAUCUUUGGCUUUGCGAUUGGAAUCAACGUGACCAAUGUCGUCUUCACUUCCUCACCUCCUCCACUGGGCUACGGACUAUCACAAGUCAUUGUCGCGUCUCUUUAUGCCACGCCAGUAGUCGCCGUAUUCAUGGGAGAGAUAGCUGGUAGAUAUCUGAAUGACAAGACAGUUUCUAUUUUGACUUCGCGUAAUCAUGGUGUUUUUGAGCCAGAAAUGAGACUAUGGACUUUAUACCUUGGAAUACCUCCGAUUGUUGUGGGUUUCGUUGUACUUGGUGGAGCAUUUGAGCACAAGUGGAACCUAGUGGCAGUGGUCUUUGGCUGGGGAAUGGCUGAAGUUGGCAUUAUGAUUUCGACCGUAUCAGCUUUAAACUAUUUGAAUAAUUCGUUCUUCUUCCCCGGCGAAAUCUCGGCACUCAUGAGUCAGGCAAGAGUUCUAGGCGGUUUUGCUGUGCCAUAUUUUCAAAUCGAGUGGGCUUCCAAAAAAGGUGCACUUCAAUCAUUCGGGUGCGAAGCAGCUAUUCAGGCAGCUCUGUUCUUACUCAUCGUGCCAUUUGUUCAAAUCAAAGGAGAAAAACUACGAACAAGGUAUUCUCUGAAACCGGAGGUUCCAAAUUACUCUAAAACAUUGUCAAGAAAAAGUCAAGACUCUUAA